AUGCAAGAAGAGAUGUCUGCUUUGGAACAAACUGGGACUUGGGAUCUUGUCCCUCGUCCUUCAGUGAGUGUUGCGAGUCAAUUUCUUGAUAUCCCUCGUACUAGUCAUUGGGAUGCUGUUAUACGGAUUCUCAGGUAUCUUAGGAGUGCACCUGGAAAAGGAUUGCUGUAUCAAAAUCAUGGACACACUGAUAUUGAAGGAUAUAGUGAUGCAGAUUGGGCUGGUUCUGCCUCAGAUCGAAGAUCGACCACAGGAUAUUGUGCAGCUGUUCAUAUUGCGUCUAAUCCAGUAUUUUAUGAAAGGACAAAACAUAUUGAAGUUGAUUGUCAUUUCAUUCGAGAGAAAUUGCUUGACGGAGUCAUCAAGACAUCUCAUAUGACUUCUGUUUUUGCAGUUGUUGGAGAAACAGCCACUUUUGUGGCUCCCAACAGGCUGACUUUUCUUUCAAAUGGGGAGUGGAUCCGCUAUCUUCUCAUAUUGAGAAUGCUAAGAUUGAUAAGGCUUCUCAUGAAUGUUCCACAAUACCGAGCUUUUGUUGCCACCUUCUUGACCCUCAUACCAAGUCUGAUGCCAUACUUGGGAACCAUAUUUUGUGUCAUGUGCAUUUACUGCUCAAUUGGCGUACAGGUAUUUGGCGGGAUUGUGAAUGCUGGCAACCCCAAGUUGGAGAGCACUGAUCUUGCUGAUAACGACUAUUUACUUUUUAACUUCAACGACUACCCGAAUGGAAUGGUCACACUCUUCAAUUUACUGGUGAUGGGGAACUGGCAAGUGUGGAUGCAGAGCUACAGGGAUUUGACUGGAACUUCCUGGGCUUAUACAUACUUUGUCAGCUUCUACCUUAUCACUGUUUUGCUGCUUUUAAAUUUGGUUGUGGCUUUUGUCUUGGAGGCUUUCUUUGCGGAGAUGGAGCUUGAAACUUCAGAGAAAUGUGAAGACACAGAAACCCAGGAAGGAAGCCGGAAGGAACGCAGACGUAAUAUUGGCAUGAAAUCACGAAGUCAGAGAGUUGAUAUGCUUCUCCACCAUAUGCUAAGUGCUGAGCUGGACAAGACACAAUGUUCAACCGAACCAACCCCUUAAACCGUUCGAUCCUGGGUCUACUAAACAAUGGGGAGCACAAACAAUCACUCAUGAGGUGGUUACUCCCAUUCUAGGCCAACAGCUCGUGUUAGAGCUUAAGCCAUGUAAAGAAUUGAUGUUUGAGUUGCCUAUAGCAUGGUAGAGGAAAUGGGAUGAUGCCGUACUGGUUUUUAUUUCUUCAGAUCAGUUCUUUGUUUUUGGCUGGCUCCUUUUGCUUUCGUUUUGUGCCCUCCUCUCUCUGCAUCUUGAUGUAAGGUCGUUGUCAUUCUCAUCUCUUCGUAAUAGCUUGUUCCACAGCUUUCUGCAAGUGCCUGUUUAAGAUUCCCUUGUGUUUGCCAUGGCUAUGCGCGCAUUCUUUCCUUCAUCAAUAAAAAUUUGGUAUA